AUGUCCAGUCCCGAUGUUGACGAGGUUUUGUUCGCCUACAUCGCCGUAGCCCCUCAUGCUAUGAGCUUGGUACUAAUCCGAGAAGAUGCGGCCACUCGAAAGCUUCCCCACUACUUUCAAGCACACACUGUAGUGGUACUAACACAACUCCCUUUAAAGGCUGUCCUACGCAGUGCCGAUUACACAAGCAGAAUUGCGAAGUGGGGGACGAUUCUGGGUGCUUUCGAUAUCAGAUACAUGCCUCGCACUGCUAUAAAAGGCCAGGUCCUCGCCGACCUAGUAGCAGAAUUUUCAGAGCCCACACUAGAAGGGCAUGGGAUGUCAGGAUCACUAGGGGCUGAUGAGAAGAUGAUCAGCACGAUUUCCCAACAUGAACACACUUGGUGGAGAGCACACGCUGAUGGCGCAGCGAAUCAAAGGGGCUCAGGGGUUGGACUCGUCCUGCUCUCACCCGAGGGCAUAACCAUAGAGAAGUCAUUGAGACUCGAAUUUUCAGCCACAAAUAACGAAGCCGAGUAUGAGGCGCUAUUGGAGGGGAUGUCGAUGAUCCAGAAAAUGGGGGGGAAAUCCGUGGACAUGUUCUCGGAUUCGAGACUCAUUGUGGGACAGGUAAAUGGAGACAUGGAGGCAAAGGACGAAAGAAUGCAAGAGUAUCUGGUUCGGGUUAAGCGCCUACAGACUCAUUUUCAUCAUUUCCGCUUGACACACGUACCCAGAAGCGGGAACACUCAUGCCAACUUUCUCGCGACAUUGGCUACCUCCUCGGCUCAGCCCCUUCCUCGAGUCAUUUUGGUAGAAGAGCUCAUCCGUCCCUCAACGGAGAAGGCCAACGGGGUCGGAGUACAUAACAUCAGGGCAGAACCGAGCUGGAUGGACCCUCUAGUGCUGUACUUAAAGCACGACUCCUUGCCGGAUGAUAAGGUUGAGGUUGACAAAAUCAGGAGAAAAGCUACCCGGUUCUGGUUGUCGGAGGACUCCAAACUAUACAAACGCUCGUUCUCGGGGCCGUAUUUGCUGUGUGUGCACCCAGAGGUUACUGAGCUCAUCCUGGAAGAGUUACACGAAGGAAUUUGCGAAAGUCACACGGGGGGUAGGUCUUUAUCUCAUAGGGCCUUAACGCUUGGUUAUUGGUGGCCGAGCAUGCACAAAGAAGCCUUGGAGUAUGUGAAGAAGUGCGACCAAUGCCAGAGAUUCGCCCCGAACAUACACCAGCCUGGUGGAGAGCUGAACCCACCGUCUAGUCCCUGGCCAUUUGCGCAAUGGGGCCUAGAUAUACUUGGUCCGUUCCCCAAGGCAACAGGGAACAGGAAAUUUCUUCUCGUCGGCACCGACUAUUUCACCAAAUGGUUUGACAGCAAAGCCUUCAGAAGGUACUGCAGUGAGCUGGGAAUUGUUAACCGGUACUCCACACCAGCUUACCCACAGGGGAAUGGACAGGCAGAAGCUGUCAAUAAAACCAUAGUGAAUGGUUUGAAGAAGAGACUAGAUAACGCAAAAGGAAGAUGGGUUGAGGAGCUAGCUCAUGUCUUGUGGACAUACUGCACCACACCUCGAAGGUCCACAGGGGAGACCCCUUUUUCAAUGACCUAUGGAGCCGAGGCUGUCAUUCCACUCGAAGUGAACUUCCUAACAUAG